CACACGCACACACGCACACACACACACACACACACACACACACACACAGGUGUGUCAGUGUAUAAAAGCGGCUGAGCUGAGUGUUAUAGAGCAGUUGUGUUUAUUUCUCCAGUAUGAAGACUCUAAUUAUUCUACAGAUCACUGCAGCAUUAGCAGUAGUGUGUGUGGCACAGCAGGAGUGUGUGAGCGGGGCGUGUUAUCCUCCGCUUGGUGAUUUACUGAGUGGCAGAGAGAUUGAACUCAGAGCCUCGUCUACAUGUGGUCUCACUGGUAUUGAGGUGUUUUGUACACCAUUAGGACAGUGGAAAAUGAGGUGCUGUCCAUGUGACUCAAGAACUGCAGAAGGUCAAAACUCACACACAAUCCAUAACGUUCUGAGUGCAGCAGGAGCUGGGCGCUGGUGGCAGAGCAAGAAAGAUGUGUCUUCUGUCACUGUAGAGUUGGACCUGAAAGCGCUGUUUCAUAUUGACAACCUACUGUUGUACUUCAAGGGUCCCAGGCCAGAUGCUCUGGUGAUUGAGAGGUCGUCUGAUUUUGGAAGGUCGUGGACACCAGUGAUCUACAUGGCCACUGAUUGUGAAUCCACUUUUCCUCACGUCCUAACAACGACCUCUGACCUCGACAACCCCCACUGCUACACACUGCCAUCCAACGCCAAUAACCCCUUCCAGGACCAAAGGGUGUAUUUCCACCCUCUGCUGCAGUACUCCAGCAUUCCUCACCCACAUGAACAUAAGAUUGAGAGGCUGUCAGGUUACACAGGGCUGCGUGUGAACCUGACUCAGUUUGGGGCGGUGCCUUACACACCUGGCCGACACCCAUCACGUUUCUAUGCCCUGAAGGAGAUAAAGCUAACUGGCUCCUGCUUCUGCCAUGGCCACGCUGACCGCUGCCUUCCUGACCCCACCUCCAAACUGCCCAACACAGAGGUAUAUAGUGUAUGUGACUGUCAACACAACACAGCAGGUGUGAACUGUGAGCGCUGUGCUGACCUUUACAACGACCUUCCAUGGCAACCAGCAGAAAGAGACAACACACACACUUGCAAACGUUGUGAGUGUAAUAAUCACGCCCAUCGUUGCCAUUUUGACCCUGUGCUGUAUGAGCUGAGUGGCCGAAGGAGUGGUGGAGUGUGUGAGGCGUGUACACACCACACAACAGGAACACACUGUGAGAACUGCUCUAACAACUAUUACAGGAACCCCAGGAGCAGCAUGCAGAGACCUGAUGCAUGCUUACGGUGUCAAUGUGACAGUGCGGGGUCAGAGGUCAGGCGUCAGUGUGACGAGGUCACAGGGAAAUGUCUCUGUAAGAAGAAUGUGGAAGGAGCGCAGUGUGACCGCUGUAAACCUGAACACUAUGGCCUCAGCAGUCUGAACUCACUUGGCUGCUCCAAGUGCUCCUGCAGUGCACUCGGUUCUCUUCACAGUGUGUGUGAUGCAGUGACAGGUCAGUGUGUGUGCAGGCCAAAUGUGGUAGGAAGGUCAUGUGACCGGUGUGCUGAGGGAUUUUGGAACUUGUCAUCAGGAUGUAGAGCAUGCGCCUGUGACCGCACUAACGCCGUUGGCAGCUCCUGUGACCAGUUAACAGGUCAGUGUGUGUGUCGUUCUGGUUUUGGGGGUCGAACCUGCAGCAGCUGUCCAGAAAACACAUUUGGAGACCCACUAACUGGCUGUAGACCAUGUGUGUGUGACCAUGUGGGUAGCGUGUCCGGGGGCUGUGACCGUCGUACAGGUGUGUGUGUGUGCAAGCCAGGUGUGGAAGGGGACAGGUGUGACAUGUGUGGGCGUGGUCACUGUGCUCAGUUCCCUAACUGCCCCAUCUGUCCAUCCUGCUUUUUCUUACUCGAUGGAGAGCUACAGAACUUCAAACUCCGUCUGCAUCGCUUCACACACACACUGCCCACACAAAUACCUGUACACACACUUAUACGCAUCACAGACACACAGCUAAAACUUCAGCAACUCCUCAGUGCCCUGCAGCAGCUCCCUAAUGACAGAGACCUAUACAACAACUAUACACUCCUUUUACACACACUGCGGUCUGAGUUGGACUUGGUGGAGGAGGAUUUGAGGCGUACAGGUGUAGUUUAUACUCCAGAUCUGGAGGUGGACCUGAGCAGACUCCAGGAACAGCUCUCUAACCUUCACCUGAAUUACAAUGCCAAGAAACAAGCAUCAACACACUUCAAUGGCUCUAACUAUGCUGGAGUCCUGGAUGCUGUUAAAAAUGCCUUCAACAGAUCCACAGACGCUGUGAAACGUGCAGACAGAACUGCAAACACUGUGGACAGGUCAGCGUCAGUCAGAGAGGAUGCCAUUAAAGGCCUACAGCAUGUACAGCCAAUAAACAUGCAGAACCUGCAGAUGCUCAUGGAGGACCUGGCAACCCGUCCAAACCUCACACCUACAGCCAAACAAGUGUGUGGUAGGAAGCGUGUUUCACCGUGUACACCACAGCAGUGUGAUGAUGAGCUGUGUCCUGAAGACGGAGCAUCCCGCUGUGUUGAAGGACAGAAGUGUGUGGGAGCUUUACCAUGGAGUCAGAGGGCGGAGCAAAACACAGUGAAGGUGAAAGACAAACUGAAACAACUCAACGACAACAUCUCUCAGGCAUACAAGCAGAUUCAGAAGUCCCAGGACUCAACCAAUCAGGUAAGAGCAUCUGCAGAUGAGCUGUCCAAUCAGACGAAGCAUGCUCGUGAUGACAUUGACGAGGGACUGAAGGACAUUAGAGACUUCGUUAGGAAGCUGAAGGACUUUCUGUCAGACCCGACCUCUGACCCUGCAGCAGUGCAGCGUGUGUGUGAGGGUGUGUUGGGGGUGAAGCUGCCUGAGACGGUUGAUGCCCUUAAAAAGAAGCUGAAAGAGAUUCAGGAUGUUGCUGCCUUGCUGCCUGACACCAGCAUGGUCCUAAAGAAUGCCAGCUCACAGCUACAGGAGGCACGGCAAUUACUGCAGAACGCCAAGAACGCCAGGGACAUGGCCCUGGAUCUGCAGAACACCACUGAUGGGGUUCUAGCAUCCCUGAAUCAUGGUGAGAGCGCCCUCGCUGACAUGGAGGAAAAACUGCAGCACAACCUUGACAACAAUAACCAAGUCAGAAAUGAUAUCCAAAACGUGAAGGAUGUUCUGUUUCCUGUCGAGGGUUUAGUAAACAGAGGGCUAGGGGUAUUGGACACUUUGCACGCUAUGCUGGACCCCCUAAAGGAGGAAGUGCACAAAGGAAGGGAACUAGUGGAGAAUGUGGGAGAGAAUGCAAAGGGGGCAGAGCAUGAAGCCAAAACUGCAGCACAGGACCUGGAAUUGCUGCAGCAACAAAUGUUGACGCUGCAGCAGAAUAUAGACAUCAACACCACCACGGAUGCAGCAGAAAGGCUACAGACACUACAGACUGAGGCAACUCACCUGAUUCAGGACACAGCUGACAUCCUGAACCAGCUUACAGAUAAGGAGGCGGGGCUGCAGAAGCUGGGGGAGGAGUUUGUGUUAAACGCUCAGCUAUUGGAUGGUCUGGAGUCUCGACUGAAAGAGUUGAUCAGUAACAUUAGCACUAAAGCUAAAUAUCUCAGUAGCUGUGUGGCCUAAACAAAUAUUUAUAUUUUUUACUGCAACUUUUAAAUUAAGGUCAAUGUUCUUUUUGUAACGGAAUAUUUUUUAUUCCAUUUUAUUUAGGAAAAAAAUUAAAAGAUAUCAAUACUGA